CUGAAGGAGCAUCAAACGGCAGACCUAAUUUCUAUUCCCCUUCGACUCGGGAGAACGAUUCUUAUAAAUAUUCUUCGCUGCUUUAUCGUCAGCUCAUACGAGAUUUAUCCGGAUCUUUGACAAUAUUAGGGUUUCGACCUCCUUCUACCUUCCCAUUCGUUUUAUUCUGAUCUGUUCGAUUCAGCAGAGUGAUCUUUGGCGACUCGUUGUUGUUGAUUGAUCCGUCCGAGUGCGAUCCAGGAUCUCGUAUCCAGGAAGUCACAGGGAUUGCUUUUGUUGCCCGUUGUUUAGAGCGAUCUAGCUUGCUUGUGUUGGGAGAUGUCAGUAAGAAAAAUCAGAGCUUGUAGCACUAUGAGUGGAAUGAACCCUGAGCAGGAUAAUAUAGACAGUUUUAUUCGGCAAGCGAUAGGAAAAGAGCCUUUUCUCUCACUCUCAAGAGCUGGUGAUAGCCCUGUUCAAUUAAUACAAUUGCUUCAUGCCUUUGACCAGCAAGGAACUGACAAAGUUCCUAAAAGUUCAAAGGGGGACAGUUGUAAUGAAUUAAAGGAGAACUCAGACAACAUUUUCUAUGGUGUCGAUUCAUUUUCUUCUGAACCAAAUGGGAUUAAGGAUCAUGUUCAUUCUCUCAAGGGUUGGGAAUCAAACACCAAGGGUUCAAAGUGCACGCCUGCUCAGAUGCCGUCCCGUAAAAUUCCUGAAGCUGUAGUUGCAUUUGCUCAUGCUGCUGCAAAAGCCACCAGUGAUCCUGAAAAAUCGAACCUUCCAGGAUGGCCUUUGUUGUCACCAUCCAAAAUACAAUUGCAGAAAUGUGAUAAGUGUUCUCGUGAAUUUUGUUCCUCCAUUAAUUAUCGGCGGCACAGACGUGUGCAUCGACGAUCUUUGAAUGUUGACAAGGACUCUCAGAAGAACAGAGACUUUUUGGGAACAUUUUGGGACAAGCUUUCUGAGGAUGAGGCCAAAGAGUUAGUGUCGCUCAGAAAUGUAACAAUAGAGGAAGUCACUGGCUCUUCUGUCACCAAGGCAUUAUCUACAUCUUUUCGUAGAGCAGGGGUGUUGUCUUCCCUUCCACAGGGGUACAUCAAAGCUGGUUUGACACUUUUGGAAAUUGUCCAAGCAAGCCCUUCCAUGCUUCCUAUGUCAUCACAAGAAUUAUUCAGUGUGCUUGAUGAAGCAAGUGAGAAGACUUUCUUAUGUGCUGGGACUGCUUUGUCAUUGCAGAAGUAUGUCUUUGAUGGAGAAGUUGUGAAGAAGGCUUUGGAAAUUAAAAAUAUAGUAGCUUGCACUAGUUUUCUAAUUGAAAUUGAACUGGUUAAGGCCUGGCUCGUUGACAAGGAUGCAGAAGCUUUAAGAUGCCAAAAGUUGCUUGUGGAUGAAGAAGAAGCCGCCCAUAGAAGAAAAGCCGAACUUCUGGAAAGGAAACGGUUGAAAAAGUUGAGGCAGAAGGAACAAAAACAGAACGAAGCUUCCAAUGGUGAGAAAAAUGAUUUUAAGGGCCCUUCACCUGACUCUCCGCCUGACUUCAUGGGAUCCACGGAGGCUUCUUCCAGUACAAGGGAUUCAUCUGAGGACUGCACUUCAGAAGCGUCACACAUUCAAGAACAUCAGGUGGAUUUUGCAGAAUCUUCAGCUACUGAAGAUGAUGGAAAUGCUGGGAAGAACAUAAGCCACAAUGCACAGAAUGACCAUCAAAACUUGAGCGAUCGUGGGAAGAGCCCAAAUUUAGCUUCUCGUGCCGAUGAUCCAGGGCGGGAUGUAGUCCACCAAACUCGAGGAACGGGUCAUAUGCAGUCGAAUCACUUGCGGCAGGUUCAAUCAAGGCUAACUCAAAAUAAUCCUAGUGGUUUCCAAGCAGGCCAGGUUUCCACAGCAAGGCCCUUAGUUAACAUGCGGCAAAAUAACUCCAGGGACUCUAAGGUUAUUAACCGACCAAAUGGCAAUAAGGUUUGGACCAUAAAAUCCAGGCCUGACAAUGAUGAGGAUGGAAAAUAUGGUGAAGAAGCUGACAGAGAACUUACUAAUCAACCUUCUGUAUCUGACAGAAGUGAAGUCCAAGUCCUUAUUGGUUCAAUCAAUGUUUCACUUGGAGAUGAUGAACUUCAACAUCACUGUACUAUCAUGGAACCCCAAAGACAGGAGAAGCUGGUCAAGCCCGAUUCAAGUCUGAGCAGUCUCGGUAAGACGCCGGUAAAGCUGUGGAAACCAGUGAGCCGCCAUGGCAAUGGAAAUUUAGUUCAAAAUGAUCAUGAUGAUGUAAAACAAGGCGUUCCUGCUGCCAAAGAUGCUGAACGGCUUCUACCAGGGGGAAGCUGUCUGGCUUUUGAAGGACUAGUUUCUGAUUUUGAGAGGUGUAGAGGAUCUAUCAUGUUCUCAACCGAAGCAGCAAAGGCUUUCCUUGUCCAGAGGUGGAAGGAGGCCAUUGCCGGAGAUGAGGUGUUGAUCAUUUCUUCCCCGGACACUGAAGCUUCAGGAAACCCUAAUCAUAUUGAAGGCAACUUUGUAAAUAUACCCUCACAAUCAUCUGAUUUUCAUGGACGACACAUCCUUGGGCGUGUCGAGAACCGGCUGGCAGUGGCCGGUGUUGCUGCCAUUGAUCCUGCAUUGAACGGUUCUUUGCAUUUCAAAUUCAGACCGAAGGCAGAAAAAACCUCCAGGUUGAAGUACGUGCCCAAGCAGAAGAGUUAGGCUGCAGAGGACUUCAAAGUUUGUCGUGAAAAACUUUGUGCAGUUUCAAAUCACCAAUCUUAUAAGCGGAGGUUCGGUUUUCUGUUUUUUUUUUUUGAAGUUUUUUCCUUUUUUAUUUCUUUCUCGCUCUUCAUAGAAUUCUUUGGUGUUCAGCACACACUAGUCUUGUCUUUAUAGGGCACAGGGCACCUCUUUAUAUCUGGAAGUUUUUUUGGUUUUUUUGUUUUGUUUUUGUAAUAAUUACUUAUUUGGUUUUAUAGUUUUGAUGAUGCUCUCUUAUUUUGGCGUCCUUUGUUCUUCUUCUUCUCUUCCUCAAAGAUGAAAAUUUUCAAAGGUUUCAUGAUAUACUGAACUAAUGAAAGCAGUAGUUGAAAUGAUCA